AUGUCCUCCGAAAUCCGUCACAUCAACUACGAUCCAUCCAGCCCCCAUCGACCGAGCAGCGAACAGUCACAACGGGGCGUAUCACAUGAACAAAACAUACAACAGGGACAGACACAACGUCAACACCCAACGAGCAACAAAACUGGCCACUCAAAAUCGGAUCUCCCGCUGAUUGGUUGGGAUCAAAUAACAAGUGUCGCCUCUUUGCGAAAGCUUGACCGCAAUGUGGUGGGAAAAGCGGCCAUCAGAGUCAACCUCGCAAUCCAGAGCAAUGGUAACAGGCUGACACAGCAAGCAAUGUUUGCAGCUCUAAACUUGCGUUUGAACUCACUAUUCUCGCGAGAAUUGGCAAACCGGCAAUGGCAAUUUGCUUACAGAGCCAUAUUCAAGGCCAAGCUACUUGACCAAGAUGUCACCAACACUACCUUGAUCCUAAGUGUCAAAGACAAUGUUAAAACCCUACUCGAUCUAGCUCUUGAGGACUGCUAUGGAUCUUUCCAGAAAGCAUGGGCUGCACUGGAUCGACGCACCAAAGCCUCUGUCUGGCAGCGUCUCGCUAUCUGGAUGUUGCAAAAUUCACCGGAGAAGGUUUUGGACUAUCUAAUCGUCACCACGGACUCAAGUCUGGAUUGUCCAGAUUUCAACAUGGUAUCUGAUUGUUUUCUCUACUUGGAAAAAUUCUACUAUGAUGGCUGGCUCCGUGAUUGGUCAAGCGGCAAACAUACUUAUGCGACAGCUGUUGAAGCAUGUAUGAGUCCAAAGACCUGGCCUAUUGUGAAUCCUCCCCACGCAGGAUUUCGGCUUUUCAUCAAUAGAGCUGAACUCAAUGGGGUUCUAGAGGCAUACCGGCGCAUCAAGGAGUUCAACGUUCGCAUGAAACCGGAAACAGUGCUUUGUUUUAUGAAAAGAUUCACAGAGUUCAGAAAAGUGGAACAUGCACUCGAAGCUCUUGAGUGGGUUUCUCAAAUUAAGGAUCCAGAUUUUGACAUGGCCUCGCAAGGAGUGUUACGACACUGCUGCAAGCUUUUGACACUGGACACCGUCGAAGACAAAGCGGGAAGCCGCAAUUUCCGAAUCCUUCCACAGCUUCUCAAAAUGGGCGUUCAGCCAGACCGUGACAUGAUGAAUGUGGUGCUUGCCAAUGCUUAUGACACCGGCGAUCCUCAGCUUGGAGAGGACAUGCUCCAGUUUAUGCAAAGUCACAACCACAAACUCGACUCUUAUACCUACGUGACACUCCUAACAGAUGCAGUAGCUCGAGGCGAUCAAGCUCGAGUCGAUGAUUUGACCAGGGAAGUUGAGAUGCAGGAAGCCCUCAAGCGAAACCCCCAUGUUUUCAGCAAGAUAUUCCAUGCCCACUUCACUUUCACUGCAAAGCAUUUGGACCCCGAAACCGAUCCUGCAGGCGUGUUCUACUCGAUGCUUGAGAUGUACAACAAACUCCACGACAUAUCCCCCCUUAAAGACCUCCUCAUCAUUCCCACGCACUAUACGCCUCCGUCGACGGGACUUGAGAUCAAGACUCCUCCCUCACCAGUUGCUCUGUAUCUCAUGAUCGCGACAUUCUUUCGCUGCAAGAAUAGGAAUUAUCCAGUGAAUCGCAUAUAUGACCAAUUCCGCGCGAUGGUGAUGAAGGGUCACCCCUCUAUCGCCCCUCUGGUUGAAAGCGACCACAUUUAUAAUGAAUUCCUCAUUGCGCUCCGCAAAAAUCCGCACACCUUGCCAGCAAGUGUCGCUAUUGUUCAGGAUAUGCUCGACUCAUCUUCUCUUCCCACGCAAACCAGCGACGGGAAAAAACUGACACCUGUCGCCCCGUCCUCUCGCACAUGGACCAUCCUCCUCAGUUCCUUUGUCUUCCACCGCCAACCCGACGCAGCAGAGAAAGUCAAGGAGAUGAUGGCCAAAUACAACGCGAAAUUUACCCAGGUGACCUGGAACACCAUAAUCAAUGGUUUUGCGAAUAAUCAACAAAUUCAAGACGCCGCCCUCGCCAUCCGACACAUGGAGGCGCAAGGAUUCUCCAUUGACGAGUACACAAUGAAGGGUUUACGCUAUCUUCGUGAUCCUGAGCGCCUUUGGAACUCUAUUGAAGAAAUGGACCAGAUUUAUGGACCAGAUGGUCACCGAGCAUCUCAUGCUACAAAACCCGGCUCCGAGGUGCACAAAGGCGAGCAGGAGCGGGAUGAUUUGAUCGACAGUGGCCUGCAGAAGUUGGAGCUGAAGUCCAAGACGCAGUGA